GGGCUGACUAGUCAGCUGGGCGCGGGUUGUGAUAUACUAUCGUAGACGGGAGAGAGACUGACGCUCUUGUUGGUCGGCUGUCGGCGGCGGGCGUUGUUCCUCUCUCUAUUCCCUCCCUCCCUCCCUCCCUCCCUCUCUCUCUCUCUCUCUCACUCUCUCUCUCUCUAUCUGUGUACUGCUGUUCUACCUCUUCUCCCUCGUUUUUCUUUCUUCCCUGCGCGUCUGCGCUUGUCAUCCAUCGGGCUCCGUUCAGCCUUUAUAGGGACUCUUUGCGGAUCUCCAGUGGGUGCGUACGUCAACGCUUCACGGCACUUGGACGUAGCGCUGCGAUCUGGUGGAGUUGAGGCAUCGCCGAAGUUGAGCAGGAGCAGGGGCAGGAGGAGUGUUCAUAGAUACCCGACUUCGCUCUCUCCCAAGCACAAGCGCCAUGUCGGACGCCGAGGGAGAGGAGGAGAAGAAGGAGCUCGAUCUCAGCAAUCCCGAUGUCGUCACCAAGUACAAACUGGCCGCCGAGAUUGUCAACAAGGCAUUGGCAUCUGUUGUGUCGGAAUGCAAGCCGGGAGUGCGUGUCGUGGAUCUGUGCGAGAAAGGGGACAAGUUCAUAACUGACCAGUGCGCUACUGUCUUCACGAAGUCGAAGAAGAAGGUGGAGAAGGGAGUGGCUUUCCCCACUUGUGUAUCUGUCAACAAUUGCGUUUGCCAUUUCUCUCCGCCAGCAACUGACCAGACGGUGCUAUCGGCGAACGACAUUGUAAAGAUUGAUCUCGGAUGUCACAUCGACGGUUUUAUCGCGGUGGUUGCACAUACUGUUGUCCUCCAAGAGCCAGGCACGCCAGUGGCUGGAAAAGCAGCAGAUGUCAUGCAAGCUGCUCAGACUGCUUCUGAGGUUGCUAUCCGUCUCGUGCGGCCGGGGAAGAAGAACUACGAUGUCACAGAUGCAUUGCAAAAGGUCGCAGCGGCGUAUAACUGCAAGGUGGUGGAGGGAGUUCUCAGCCAUCAGAUGAAGCAAUUUGUUAUUGACGGCAACAAGGUUAUUCUGAGCGUUGGAAAUUCUGAGACAAGAGUCGAAGAUUUCGAGUUUGAAGAGAACGAGGUCUAUUCGAUAGACAUCGUCAUGAGCAGCGGCGACGGAAAGCCAAAGAUGCUGGAUGAGAAGCAGACGUCGGUCUACAAGCGGGCGGUGGAUCGAAACUACAGCCUCAAGUUGAAGGCGUCCCGGUUCAUUUUCAGCGAGAUCAAUCAGAAGUUUCCUAUUAUGCCAUUCACUACUCGGUCUCUUGAUGAGAAAAGGGCAAAGCUUGGGCUUGUGGAGUGCUUGAAUCACGAAUUGCUUCAGCCAUACCCUGUGCUGCAUGAAAAAACAGGUGAUAUUGUUGCGCAUUUCAAGUUUACGGUCCUCCUGAUGCCAAGUGGUUCAGAUCGGAUCACAUCACACCCAGUUCAAGUCCUGCAGCCAACAUGCACUCUAGAGGACCCGGACGUUAAGGCGAUACUAGCUUUGGGUACCAAGACGAAAAAGAAGGGUGGGGGUGCGAAGAAGAAGAAGGCAGCGGCUGCAAAAUCUGCAUCUGCUGAUGCUGGGGCAUCUGCUAUGUCUACGGAAGGAUCGAAUGAUAACGCAGAAACAGAGGAGAAAUCGACAGCGGAUGGCACUGGAGUCUCGGCUGCUUCGACGUGAGAGUUGGGCGUGCUUUGACUUGGGCUCCAAUUUUGUUCGUCUUUAGGAAGGAAGAAAAAGCUCUUUGCGUCUUGCUGCCUGUCGUUCCUUCAGAGUCUUAUCGGGCUUGCUUGCUGCUUCUGUUUGCCCCUCACUCUCAAUUCCAUCAUCAUCAUCAUCAUCAUCGUCAUCAUCAUCGUCGUCGUCGGCUCUGUCCAACGAAUGUGCCAUCACAGGGGUCUCUUUUCAGGCAGUACUGAUGUGUCGCUGGAGAGUUUGUUUUUCCCGAGCUGCAUGUACCCUCUCUCCUUUCCCCUGAUCCUUUCUCAGAUCCCAGCUGCAGUACCAUCUCUACUCGUUCUUACCUGUCGGCUGACCACGGGUUGUGUUCUGUCCAUGUUCAUAUGGACUUGGCUGAGUAUGCGGCACUUCGUAACUUUGCAAACUUAUUCUUUGUGUUUCUGGAUUAAUGCAAAAAAAGUGCUCGCUGUUUCCGGCAAGAAGAGGCCGCUUGCUGAAUUGUGGGGUCCCUUCUACCAGGCGGAAUUGAGUGAGUGAAUUGUAUGGUUUGUUUAUCGUACUCAUAUAAGCUUAUAUCACGUUCUCUCUCUCUCUCUGUGUUUAGUUCUCUCUCUCUCUCUGUUUAGUUCUCUCUCUCUCUCUCUCCCUCUCUAUGUCUCUCUCCCUCUCCCGCACCGUGCUUGUGAUUGGAAUAUGAGAUUGCAAAGAUUGCAAUUGAUAAUGUAUGCCCGAUAGCGUGAGGGAGGUAAGUGAAUAUGCAGUCUUCUUAUGGCAGUGGUGAUAUUUAAGCUCGUAGUGGAUAUAGUGUGCCUGAUCUCAUCUGGGAUGUAAAGACGUAGUGGACACUCCUUAUAAAGAUAAGGAGGUGGUAUAUUUUGAUGCGGUCGUGAUGUAUUUGCCGCCUAGCCUUGUAUUGUUGGGUGGAGGAGCGUACUCUAUCAUCUAUAGAAGGGGUGAAGACCAUUUUGUUUGUAUUUUUUUUGUGAAUGCCGGCAUGUAAACGCGAUGGGGUAUAUGAUGGCAGUCGUGUGGCCUAAGGGUGGCAUCUCUCAGUUGGCUGGGGUUGUAAUGCUUGGCUGAAAUAGCAUGCAUGCUAGUUCCACUAUAAGAAGCUUGUUUUUUUUUUGUUUUUUCUUUUUUUAACACGUAGGCUAUCGGAGCUUGGUUUGUGAGUGUGGGUAUGAGAAUGUGUGCAUCAUCAACAUGGUGUCUCGUUUGAAAGACUUCUCGGUUGCUGCGGUGUGCGUACGGUGGAUCGCCAAUGUUGUUCACAAGGGUUGGUACAUGUCAACCCAUACGGCAAGAAAAAAAAAUCAAUGGCCUUUCAAUCU